AUGUCGCGUCGUCAUCCAAUUCGUCGUUACAAGCCAAGUUUGGAUGAAGAUCAGACCAGAGAUGCGAUGAAGGUUUUAGAAAAAUUUGUCCGCAGAAAGUAUAGAGAUUCCAUACUUGUCGGCACAAACGAUUUUGAUCUCAACACAUCUGAGCUUCUAACACCUCAGCCAGCAAGUCGACCUGCUUCCGGGUUUCAGUUCCCUCUUCCGAACAGACAGUUCACAUUCGAUCAGUCUACCGCGAACCAGGAAUUUCGUUCAAACGUACUACCCUUUUAUACUUUCGAUUUUACUGAACACAAUGUUAAGGACGAAAUCAAAUUUGACAAGGACAAAGAGACUUGGGCCGCGUACAUAUCCCGACUAUUUCGCUAUUUCUAUGACUAUUUGGGUAUGAAGCAUCUGGCAUUAAUUCUAAUACUGGUGCUUUAUGCGUUAGCUGGAGGACUUAUCUUUAUGAUAAUUGAAUUUCCUGAGCAACAAAAGGCAGAUCAGGAGUUGUUGAAGCUGAACACGAAAAGAAACUCCGAGACGCAGAUAGUACAUUCUAACUCACUUUGUGCUUUAACAAUACGGCCAAUACUACAGUCGUACGAUGAGUCAAUACGUAAAGUUUUGGCUCCACAAGCGCAGUGGAAAUGGGACUAUUGGAAUUCCGUAUAUUAUGCUGGCACCAUAUUUACUACCAUUGGAUACGGUAAUAUCACAUGCAGGACACCUAUUGGCAGAUUGGUCACUAUUCUUUAUGCAUUAUUCGGUAUUCCGAUGAUGUUGGCAGUUCUAAAUGUGAUUGGAAAAGGUCUCUUUGGACAAGCUCAAAGCUCCUACAUGUUUGUCCGUCGGUUCUUACGGCGAAGAAUACGCCGUUUCAAGCGCUCACGUCUCGACAGAGCUGGUACAGUCGAGACUGUCAUUACAGAAGAUCCUGGAAAGGAAGGUGCAGAAAAAGAUGACAAUGGUUUAACCGAGACAUUUCCUAUGUCCUUAGCUAUUCUGCUUGUGAUCAUCUACAUGUUUCUCUGCUCCCUUUUGUUUUCCAUCUGGGAACAGUGGGAUUUCUUUACUGCUGUGUACUUCUCAUUCAUAUCAAUGAGUACUGUUGGCUUCGGCGAUGUUAUACCAGGACACCCAAAAUAUGCUUGUGUUUUCUUUGCCUUUUACUUCGUCGGAUUGGCGCUGUUCUCUAUGUGUUAUGCUAUCAUUCAGGUCCGGUGGGAAAACCAGUACAUGUGGGCUCUGCAGUUGAUCGAUCAAGAAAAUCAAGAAAUGAUAGAACAUCAGGAUAUCCCUGAAGAGCUUGAGGAAAAGGAACGGAAAAUGACGGGUGACAAUAACUCAUCCAUACGAUGGCGAUCUCCACAUUCUUACAGCUCCAACAGCGGUGAUACACAUCUAGAUGACAUGUCAAGCAAUCGUCGUAGUACUGUAAUAUUGGAUUCCAAGGAUAUGCCCGUUGUUCCGCCACCAGUUCUUGGCGUUUUUCUAUCGCGCUCUAUCUCAACGAGGCAAAAUAAACUGACAAGAUCCGAAAGUACUUUGAGUCGUAGAGCGAGACGGUCCUUCUUUUCAUCGAGCAACAGCGAAAGUUUUUCGCCCCUGGACGGCAAGUCUCCAUGGUUGUCGGUAUCGACUGAUCCACAAAUCUCACCAGGACCACUAGGACCGAAAUCAGCAGGCUCAGCUGCCAGCUUACUCCAGCGCGAUUUUCAAGCUCACAAGCUGUCGGCAAUCAACGAGGUCAGCGAUGAGGAUACACUGCAGUCACGACGUAGCUCGAGAAAAAUACAACGAGUUCAUGCGGUCGAGGUGACGCCACUGUCCACUCCCACCGUUGUCGUGGAAAAUGCUGACGAACAGCAUCAACCAGAUGAACUCGAUGACUCAACUGAGAUUACGCCCCUGUCACCGCAGAAUGUGGAAGAAGAGACUACAGAAACGGACAAGUCGGAAUACAGGUUACAAAGGCCGAGCCACUUAUGA